AUGACGUCGACGUCGACGUCCCAAUCGUGCUCGACGAGCGCUUCAUCCUUCUCGUCGACUCCCGCCCAACGGGCACGGCGACCGGGCGGCAAAGCGAUCAACGUGACGACGUACACGAGCGAAUGGACCAUCAAGUACAAGGAGAUGCCGGAGCAUUCAUUCGCCGCGAGAAUCAUGGCCUACGCCACGGGAGCGCCCCAGGAGGCGACGAUUGUCAAGAAGAAGACACGACGGUGCGCCGAGGGUGCUUCGGACGAGGCCAUGGAGUCUGCCGAACACGACAGCCGCCUCUUCUGGAUCACCCUUAUCCCUCGACACCGCCGCCGGGGCGGAUGGUCGACUCGCAAACAGCCGGCUGCGAGAGGUCGAACGGCGCAAAGGCGGGACGGACACCACGCUACCCCUGCUGUUGACAUUGGCCACGAUGGGUCCGGCAUUCCGAUGGCCCCGAUGCGAGCGCAGCAGGAGGGGAUGAGCGGCCCCGAGGGUGCACCGGCGGCAGCCAUGUUCCCUGACGGCGUUGCGGCGCAGCCCGGAGGAACGAAAUGA